AACCCAUCUUUCAUCUCAGUUUGUCUGAAACCUCUGAGGAGUAGACAAAUAUUUAGAAGUCUCAUGUUGAACCUCUCUUUCUCAACGACCCUGGGGAGAGAGAGUUCCGAUCCAUUGCUAUCUCGCUUCUAUCAAUCAAGGUCUUGUGUGCGUGUCCAGUGUUCUUUCAUUUCGAGGCCAAUGGCGAAGGAAAUAAUGCGAAUGAAGCCGUGGAUUGAAGUUGCACCAUCCCCUCUUGUUUUCCCACAUAGACCUUCUAGUUCUCCUAAACUCGAGACGAUUAGAGAAGAGAGAGCUGAAGGCAACAACGAAGAUGGCGAGUAGUGAUGUUAGUUUCUUUCAGUUCCAUUGCAGAGUUUUGUUUCAGCAUAUUGUCAAUGUAGACAUAGCCUACCUUAAUAUCAUGUAAAAAUAUAUAGAGAAGUAUUUGCAGGCUGAAUUGUAGUGCGUUGUAACUUGAUAUAAUGUGUAAAUAGUGCAGUUUGAUUGGAGAAUUCUCUCUCUCUCUCUCUCUCUCUCUCUC